CACCAAGCAGGGGAGGAAUUUCAGCGCUGAGUAGGCAGAGUCCUGGGCUUCCGUGCCCCUGGCAGGCCAGCCCCGCCAAGGUCAGCCGGCCUCCGCGAGCCCAGGAGCCGGCCGUGGGGCUGCCCGUGGACCUCUGGGGACCACUUCGCUCUGGGUUUACUCCUCCAGGAACAAGGCGCCGGCGUUCUCCGCGUUUCUGAUCUUGGGAGAUGGAGACUCAGAUUGGAGCAGUGACUUAUUCUAGGCCCCCCAGGUGGACGGGGCACGAGCCAGGACUCCGCCGGGCGUGCACGGCCUGACCCGGGGCUGCCCUGGGCUCACGCCCGGUGGGUUCCGCCUCCCGCUCUCCCCAGUUUAAAGGACGCUCCUCCCUUUCGCUCCCGCCGGCUCCCCGGGAAGGGGAGGAGUUUCCCCGGGCGCUGACACCGUCGUCACGGCAACGCGGCCAUACUGGCCAACGGACCCAGGAGCCCAGGGCUGCGCGGCCGCGGCCUCGCGGGCAGAGGCCGCAGCAUGGACGGCCUCUUCGUGGAGGAGGUGGCCGCCUCCCUGGUCAGGGAGUUUCUCAGCAGAAAGGGCUUAAAGAAGACGUGUGUGACCAUGGACCAGGAACGCCCACGUUCUGAUCUCAGCAUAAACAGCAGAAACGACCUCCGCAAGCUUUUGCACCUUGAAUUUCUCUACAAGGAAAAUAAGGCAAAGGAAAAUCCUUUAAAAACAAACCUUGAACUCAUUACCAGAUACUUUCUGGAUCACUUCGGAAACACUGCUAAGAGUUUUACUCAGGAAGCACCAAUUCCUGCACUCUCAAAUGCAAAGAAAAAUAACAAAUUACCAUUGAGGUGCUCAGAGACCACGCUGGUAAAUAUCUACGACCUUGCAGAUGAUGAGGCAGCAUGGAGAACAUCACUGUCAGAAGCGAGCAAAGCCAGACACGACAGUCUUGAUGGGGAUGUACUUGGUAACUUGGUAUCAUCCAGAAGGCCCCCGCACAAAAGUAAGCCUGCGCAGAUGGUGCCGGCUGAAAGUCUCCCUGUGGCCCCCACGUGGGAGAAGAUGGACAAGCUCCAGCCGGCAGAGCCUCCCCUGGACACAAGGAGGGUGGGCGAGAAGGUCAGGCCAAAGUGUGGCCUGAUUGUCCGAGGCAUGAUGGCUGGGCCCACCGCCAGCUCCCCGCAGGAUUCUCUCCGAAGGCGCUCCCUGAGGCGGCCCCCCGCCUUGAGUAGCAUGACCCUGCCCCACGAGGAGGAGGAGGAGAGCCGGAGAGCCCCGGAGCUCUCCACUCGCACCCCAGCCUGUCCGGCCCCACGGGAGGGCUUGGCUUCCAGCGCCAGGAGUCCCCUGGGCCAGCUCAGCGAGCCCACCUCAGAAAAGCACAGACCCACUCCGAGCAGCCCUCCUCACUUGCUGAGCCCAGGGCUGCUCCAGAGGGGGAGCGGCAGGUGGAGAGAGCUUUCGGAGGACAGCCCAGCCAUGGACAGCGGCCCAGAGACCAGCAGGACGCCCUCGAAGUUCUUGCCUGGUGGGAAUGCCCGGACUGCCCAGGAGAGGCUGGAAAGAGUAUUCAAAAGGCAGGGGAGCCCGUCCCUGCCCCUCAGGAGAAAUCAGUUGCCGGUGUCCAACAAGGCUGAUGGCGAGCUGGGUGUCCUGCAGCUCGAGGAUGUGGAGGAUGAAUCGAUAAGGGAGGAAGUCAUUCUCUCUCCAGUCCCAUCAAUGCUCAAGCUGCAAAUAGUGUCAAAGCCUAUUGACCUCUCGGUGGCAAAGGACAUAAAGACCCUUCUGUUCGGUUCCAGCUUUUGCUGCUUCAAUGAAGAAUGGAAACUUCAGAGUUUUUCGUUCAGUGACGCAGCCUCGUUGAAAUACGGCAUUGUGCAGAACAAGGGUGGUCCCUGUGGGGUUCUGGCAGCCGUCCAAGGCUGUGUCCUACAAAAACUCCUGUUUGAAGGCGAUAGCAGAGCUGACUGCGCUCGGCAGCUGCAGCCUUCAAACACCCACAGGACCCACUGCCUGGCCCUGGCCAUCGCGGAUAUCGUGUGGCGGGCUGGGGGCCACAGGAGAGCUGUGGUCACACUGGCUUCGGGAACACAGCAGUUCAGUCCAACGGGGAAAUACAAAGCAGAUGGAGUCUUAGAAACACUCGUGCUCUACACUUUGACCUGCUAUGAGGAGCUGGUGACUUUUCUUCAACAAAGUGUCCAUCAGUUUGAAGUGGGCCCCUACGGAUGCAUCCUGCUCACCCUGUCCGCCAUCCUGUCCCGGUCCACAGAGCUCGUCCGGCAGGACUUCGACGUCCCCACCAGCCACCUGAUUGGAGCCCACGGCUACUGCACACAGGAACUCGUCAAUCUGCUCCUGACGGGGAAAGCCUCGUCCAACACCUUCAACGACGUGGUGGAGCUGGACUCCGGGAACGGGGACGUCACGCUCCUCAAAGGCAUCGCCGCCCGCAGCGACGUCGGCUUCUUGUCCCUCUUCGAGCACUACAAUGUGUGCCAGCUUCCUAGGGCAAGUGCCAAAAAGCACCACAAACUGGGUGGCUUAAAACAACAGAAACUGAUCGUCCGACAGUUCUGGAGCACAGGUUGGUUCUCGCAGCCGAAGUCCAAAAUCAAGGUCGGCUGCUUCCUGAAGACCCCCAGGUUCCCCAUCUGGGUGGUGUGCAGUGAGAGCCACUUCAGCGUCCUCUUCAGCCUGCAGCCGGAGCUCCUGCGAGACUGGAGGACCGAGAGGCUCUUCGACCUGUACUACUACGACGGCCUGGCCAACCAGCAGGAGCAGAUCCGGCUGACCGUUGACACUACACAGACCGUCCCCGAGGACGGGGGCAGCGACCUCAUCCCGCCCCUCGAGCUCUGCAUCAGGACCAAGUGGAAGGGGGCGUCGGUGAACUGGAACGGCUCGGACCCCAUCCUGUGAGCCUUCCUGAGGGUGAACGCUGUGGCUCCGGUGCUCAUCAUAGGGGCGACAGCUGAGCCCCAGGCCUCAGGGACGAGUGUCUCAGAGGGGUGUCAUGCCCACCUGGACCAGCACUGCUGCCGAAGCGUCAGUACCCCCCUGUCCCUUCCAUGAAGGGCCCACCCAGGACUGCGAUGAGGGCCCAGGGUGCUGCUGGGUGGCUCCCUCCCAGCUGAGCUGUGACUACCACGGACAGGAAGGGUGCCAGCUGCUGGGGCCUCUGCUGCCUUUGUCUGUAUCCCUCCCUUACUCCCUGCUCGGCCAUCCCCUUGCCAAGCCUCUGACGUGGUCCGCCCGGAGCCCCUAGGCACGCGUUAAUUCUGGUAGCUGGCUUUCUAUAAAGCAAGAGUGAAACCCAU